AUGGCGUGCUGGCGUGCUAGUAAGCACUUAGCCCAAAGCGGAUGUGCCGAAGAUACCCAGAGAGAUGAACAACCCAAGGGAGCUGCUGCCUCCACCAGAACGCUUCACAGAAAGAUGGAUGAAUGGAACGUCCUAAGCGCAACGGCAACUCAACUUGGCCAGCUGCUGCGAGGAGGCCACACAAAUAGUGUGGAUAUCGUCAAGGCCUACCUCGCUCAAAUCGACCGGCACAACAAAGCUGGCCUGAAGCUACAUGCAAUCAUCUCCGUCAAUGCUGAGACUGCUCUUGCUCAAGCAGCGACCCGCGACAACGAAAGAUCAGAGGGCAAAGUCCGCAGCCCACUUCAUGGAAUCCCGAUCAUCGUAAAAGAUGCGAUCAUCACGUCCGAGUCCCUAGGUUUACCAACCACGGUCGGCGCUUUCGCUUUCAAAGAUACCUAUGGACUGAAGAACGCAUCUAUCAUAGAUAUCCUCCUGGAGCAUGGCAUGAUCAUCCUUGCAAAAGCCAGUUUGACGGAAUUUUGCGGUCUGAAGGCGACUUGUAUAACCGCCGGCUGGUCGGCAAUCAACGGACAAACUCAGUCCGCUUAUAUCGAGGGUGGUUUCCGAUCGGACGAUCUCUUCAUCGGUCGCUCUGGGCCAGGAGGCUCCUCGUCGGGGUCCGCAGUUGGGGUUUCAGCCGGCUUUGCGCCGUUAUCGCUGGGGACGGAAACUUCGGGCUCAGUCUGCAUGCCGGCAAAUCGGGCAGGGCUGUACUCCAUCACUGCGAGUCGAGGGAGUGUCCCCAUAGAAGGAAUCUUUCGCUUGAGCAAAGACUUUGAUAAGUUGGGUGCUAUGGCCAAAUGUCCCGAGGACCUCGGCCUGUUGAUGCCGCUGCUCAAUGGUUCGCAUUUGGAGCCUGUGACGUGGAGCGACAUUUCGGUCGGUUUUGUCGAUCCGAUUGUAUGGGAUGCAUUUGGAUUCCAAAAGAGCCAAGACAAAAAUAUAGAAAGUCAGAUUCUCGAGCGAUACGAAUGGGCAAAGGCAGAAAUUACUCGUCGGGGAGGCCGAGUUGUUUACCCCGUAGGUUUACCGACGAUGGAGAGCCUUUCCUUUGAAGGCAAGAGUGUCAACUACUCCGUUGCAUUUCAUGAAUUUCCAAGCCUAUUGGAGGAUUACUGCUCUCUCCUGGUAGAUCCCGAAGUCACAUCAGUCCCAGAAUUGAUCCAAUUCAAUGAACAGCAUGCCUCUUCUGCCAUGCCCCAGCCACAUACCGAUCAAACUGAUCUUAAGGAGACGCUCAAGUCAACCAUGACUGAGGAGACAGCUACAGCAGCCAAGGCCUACGCUCAGCGCUUAGCUGGUCCCGACGGCAUCGAUGCCGCGCUACAAAGUAGUCGCAUUAACCUGGUAAUUGGACCGGGAGAUUGUGCAAUCUGCGCAGUGGCUGCUUUAGCAGGCUAUCCAACCGCCAUGGUCCCACUCGAUCGCUUGGAAGGUCCUGGUGGGCUGGGCCAGCCCCAGGGGUUAAUGCUGAUUGCCAGCGCGGGGGGAGAAGCACAAAUCCUGGCAUUUAUGCAGCUGUGGAAACAGAUUGUGGGUGAUUGGAAGAUUCCCCCUCUGCUGUUCUGA